GUCGGGAAUUAAAUCCACUCGCCUACUACAGCUCAAAGUUCGCUGUGCACGAGACAGGAAGAGUAUCAGACAUUCCCAACAGACAAACUCCCCGCGUGAACUCCAUAUCAUCAUGUAUCCACUCUGACAGACAGUCCAGCAGCGCUGGUUGCAUAACUUCUAUACGUUGCACAACUAUAGGUCGCGUGCAUUGCCUCCAGUGUUUCUGCCUCACCUGUCAUGGACGGAGAGAGAGCCCAUGUCUGACGUUACGUAUCCCUGUGACGUAGCGACCGGCGAGAUAUUACUUAAGUAACUUUCUGUAGCCUCUCCUCACCGCGUCAAGUCUUCAGAUCAUCAGAUAAAGGAAGGAAACGAGUAACCACAUGGCUCUCAGAGGUGCUGUCACCCGUCUGCUCACCAACAGCCAGCAAUGUGCUGCUGUCUCUGUGUCCAGAGCUCAGGGCACUGCUGCUACGGCCGUCAAAGAUGCUGAAGAAAUCAAAAAGCCUGCCAAGGCACCCAAGGUGCUGUUCAACUGGCGGGACGCUCUGAAUCUGGAGGGUCAGCUGACGGAGGAAGAGAUCAUGAUCCGGGACUCCUUCCGCGACUACUGCCAGGAAAAGCUCAUGCCCCGCAUCCUCAUGGCCAACAGACAUGAACAUUUCCACCGUGAGAUUGUCUCAGAGAUGGGAGAUUUGGGCGUCUUAGGCCCAACUAUUAAAGGCUACGGCUGUGCCGGCACUAGUUAUGUGGCGUACGGCUUGAUUGCCAGAGAGGUUGAGAGAGUGGACAGCGGGUAUCGGUCCGUCAUGAGUGUCCAGUCUUCACUGGUCAUGCACCCUAUCAAUGCUUAUGGCACUGAGGCCCAGAAGGAGAAGUACCUGCCCCGGCUUGCUCGUGGAGAAAUCGUGGGCUGCUUUGGCUUGACGGAGCCCAACCACGGCAGUGAUCCCAGCGGUAUGGAGACCAAGGCCAAAUCCAACCCAUCCAGUGGUACCUUCUCCAUCAGUGGAGCCAAGACCUGGAUCACAAAUUCCCCCGUGGCAGACAUUGCAGUGGUGUGGGCCAAGUGCGAAGAUGGCAAAGUGCGGGGUUUCAUCUUGGAGCGUGGAAUGAAGGGUUUUUCCACCCCCACAAUUGAGGGCAAGUUCUCGCUGAGGGCGUCCGCCACUGGCAUGAUCCUGAUGGAUGAAGUGGAAGUUCCCCAGGAGAACCUGCUGCCCAACGUCUCCGGUCUAGCUGGUCCCUUCGGCUGUCUGAACAGCGCCCGGUAUGGCAUUGCAUGGGGAGCUCUGGGAGCUGCUGAAUUCUGCUUCCACACUGCCCGACAGUACACUCUGGACAGAAUCCAGUUUGGGGUGCCACUGGCCAGGAACCAGCUGAUGCAGAAGAAAAUGGCUGACAUGCUGACAGAGAUCACCCUCGGGCUGCAGUCAUGUCUGGCCUUGGGAAGACUUAUUGAUGAGAAGAAAGCCGCACCAGACAUGAUCUCCAUGCUAAAGAGGAAUAGCUGUGGCAAGGCUUUGGAUAUUGCCAGACAAGCCAGAGACAUGCUGGGAGGAAAUGGCAUCUCAGAUGAGUACCACGUAAUCCGGCACGUCAUGAACCUGGAGGCCGUCAACACGUACGAGGGAACUCAUGACAUUCAUGCCUUGAUCCUGGGCAGAGCCAUCACCGGACUGCAGUCCUUCACUGUUGAAAAGUAAAGGCUGACUUGGACUUGAUUAGUGCUGCGCUAUCUGUUUCUCAUGAAGUGCACUUAAUCUACCUCACAUUAUGAGCUUUGAUACACAUACAUCAUUACAUUUAUAUGUUUUCAAACCUGUGAUAGGAGCCUCUGUUUGGCAUCUUUGGUGAAUAUGUGAGGUCAACCUAACUAAGCAUUGGGUCGAGCUGUGAUCUGUACAGUUAAGAUGUCUGAAAUACACUUCAGGCACUGACUAUGCAUGGUGCAUGUAAAAGUUGUGGCAUUUUGGAGUCAGUGUGAUAAUUGGAUAAUAUGUAAAUAAAUGGCUUUGAAUGAGUGGAAAUGUAUGAGUGAGUGUAGCUGAGACCUUAUUAGAAACCUGCCCAGUUUAAAUUAAAUGAUCUUCUUUUCAUCAUAUUACAUAG